CCUUCUUUAAUUUCACUCUCUUCUCAUUUCAUGUGUUGUGGAUGAUUCUUUUCCCUUUGUUAUCAUUUCCCAGUUUCUCCCAACCGCUUUGCCUUCUUCUUUCAUUCCUUUUCCUUUGAUUCUUUCCAUUUCCACCCCAACCCAUGUACUUUUUUAUUUUUGUUUUUUAUGAUUGUGUGAUUCUGAUUCAUCACACUUAAAAGGGGCUUGCAAUUUCAUUCGUUUUUAUGUAAAAUACUUGGUCAUGACCAUGGGUUGUACAUUCUUAUUCAUUUCGCUUUGCAUGUGUUUGGGUUUUGGUCUAACUGAAGCAGUUCCCGCAAAUUCUCUCAUCACAAAGCUUCCAGGUUUCAAUGCUACUUUCCCUUCGAAGCACUACUCUGGGUAUGUAUCAAUAGAUGGGAAUCCUGCAAAACAACUCUUCUACUACUUUGUCGAGUCGGAAAGAAAGCCAUCGAAUGAUCCGGUCGUUUUGUGGCUUAAUGGGGGGCCAGGGUGCUCUAGCUUUGAUGGGUUUGUUUAUGAACAUGGACCAUUCAACUACGAGGUAGGAAAGCGACGCGGAGAACUGCCCAUAUUACAUCUCAAUCCUUAUAGCUGGUCCAAGGUUUCCAACAUCAUCUAUUUGGAUUCCCCAGCCGGUGUAGGCUUUUCUUACUCUGAAAACAUGACAUUUUAUUCGACUGGUGAUUUACAAACAGCCUCUGAAACAAACAUUUUCCUACUCAAGUGGUUCAAUCUAUUUCCAGAGUUUCUUUCCAAUCCAUUUUAUAUUGCUGGAGAAUCUUAUGGUGGAAUCUAUGUGCCAACUCUUGCGUCUGAAAUAGUGAAAGGGGCCAGAAGCGGUAUGAAGCCCACUAUCAACUUGAAGGGUUACAUGGUGGGAAAUGGCGUUGCAGACUCGAAGUUCGAUGGCAACGCCCUCGUCCCAUUUGCACAUGGAAUGGGUCUCAUCUCUGAUGGUAUUUUUGAGGAAGCUGAAGAUGCUUGCAAAGGAAACUAUUAUAAUCCGAAUAGUCUAACGUGCCAACUUAUGAUUAGCAAAGUAGAAUCGGUUAUAAAAGAUCUAAACUUAUAUGACAUCCUUGAACCCUGCCAUCAUAGCCCAACUUCGAAAGAAGAUGAAAAUGCAAAGACAAGCUUGCCAUUGAGCUUCAAGCAAUUAGGGGUGACUGAGAGGCCUCUUGCUGUGAGAAAAAGGAUAUUUGGACGUGCAUGGCCUUUACGAGCACCAGUAAGAGAUGGCGUAGUUCCAAUGUGGCCUCAAUUAAUGGAAAAUUCCGUUGUUCCAUGCAUUAAUGAUGAAGUAGCAACUAUAUGGCUGAACAAUGAUGCAGUUAGAAAAGCAAUCCAUGCAAACCCUGGAAGUGGACGUUGGAGGUUAUGUACAGAUCAGAUGGCUUACACUCAUGAUGCUGGAAGCAUGAUUAAUUAUCAUAAAAACCUUUCUACCGAAGGAUAUCGUGUGCUUAUAUACAGUGGAGAUCAUGAUAUGUGUGUGCCAUUCACGGGAAGUCAAGCAUGGACCAGAUCACUUGGUUAUAACAUUGUAGAUGAAUGGUGGCCUUGGCUAUCUAGCAGUGGAGUUGCUGGGUUCACACAAGGAUAUGCUAAUAACCUUACCUUUCUCACCAUCAAGGGAGCAGGGCAUACAGUACCUGAAUAUAAGCCACAAGAAUCGUUGGACUUCUAUAGCCGUUGGUUAGAAGGAAGGCCGAUAUGAUAUGAUAGAGAAUUUGAUCUUGAUGAUAAAAAAAACAAAAACAAAAACAAAAAAGCUAGCUAGCUGUCUUCAUUUUGCAGUGUAUUAGAUUCAUUUCUUAUUUCAACAUAUUGAUGAGGAAAAUAACAUUUACUCACACAUGAAAUAACAAAUGAAAAUCCAAUUUAAUUA